AUGGGACAUAAAAGUACAAAGUCUAGCAGUGGUACUUGCUGUAAGACACCAUAUUUAAACUACUUGGUUGCUGCCACAUAUUUGACUCGAACAGCAGCACCAAAUAAUGUAGAAACAACACCUGCGAGCGAUCAGCUUACCAUUGUUGAACAACCUCGUCAAACAACUAAUGAUGAAGGAGAGUACGAAGUAAAACAAGAUCGAAAUUUAGAAAAUUUAUUAAUCGUUUGGCUCGAUGCAAAUAUUGAUAAGACUGAAGAUAAUUUGUUACUAAAAACAAAAUUACGUUCUGUUAUUAAUUAUUUAAAAAUGUUUGACAAUACGGCAGAAUGUGUCUCGUUUAUAACAACUAUUAGAGAAGAAAAAGUAUUUUUGAUUGUUUCUGGAUCAUUGAGUGAGGAAACCAUUCCUCGUAUUCAUUUAAUGCCACAACUAGAAUCCAUUUACAUAUUUUGUCACGACAAAUGGAAACACGAAACCUGGUCCGAAGAAUACGAAAAAGUUCGUGCAGUUUUUGUUAAUAUUGAUGACAUUUUUGAUCAAUUAAAACGAGAUGUUCAACUAUGUUCAAAUAACUUAGUGUCAAUGGAUGUUAUUAGUACUAGUACAACUGUACCUACUGACGAAUCAACAACCACAAGAAAUAAAUUAGAGGCUUUGUUUUUAUGGUCAAAAGUAUUAGUUGAUAUUUUGAUGCAAAUGGAUGAUGAAGAACAAGCGAAAUCGGAAUUUAUCAAAGAAUGUUAUCUACAAUAUGCUGGUAAUCUGACUGAAUUAAAAAUUAUUGAGGAAUUUCAACAAAAUUAUUUACCGGAUAAAACACAUAACCGUUCAAGAGUCUGUUUUCAGUCGAGUCAAGCUAUUACAUGGUAUACACGUGAUUGCUUUCUCUACCGAAUGUUAAACAAAGCAUUGAGAGCACAAGAUGUUGAUGUUCUAUAUAAACUUAGAUUUUUCAUAUCGGACCUUCAUCGUCAAGUGGAACAUUUUCGUUCAGAAUCAUUAAGAAAUAAGACAAUGAAAUCACGAUUAGUUUAUCGCGGUAAUCGUAUGCCUUCAGAGGAAUUUGAAAAACUGAAACAAAAUAUUGGUGGUCUGUUAUCAUUCAAUCAUUUCUUGUCGACAAGUACUGACAGGAAAGUAGCCCUUGCAUUUGCGUCAAAAUCACUAAAUCGUCCCGGUAUUGAAACAGUUUUAUUUGAAAUAGAAGUCGAUAUAGAGAUCAAUAAAAGUCCAUUUGUUAAUAUUGAAAAAUUAAGUUAUUUUAAAACAGAAAAAGAAAUUCUAUUUUCAAUCGGUACCGUUUUUAGAAUUAAGGCUGUUAAAAGACUGAGUAAUGAUAUGUGGAAUGUUCGAUUAAGACUGACUGAUGAAGAAGAUGAACAUUUGAAAAUCUUAAUGGAAAAUAUAAAAGAAGAAAUUGGUGGCGAAGUAGAUUGUUUAUUACGAUUGGGAAAUUUAAUGACGAUUAUGGGUGCAUUUAAAAAAGCAUUAAAAUUUUAUGAAAUAUUAUUGCUUAAAAACGAUGCUUCAUCGAAAAAUAAUAGUGUACUUUACAAUCAAAUUGGCAAUGCAUUCUUGCAUGAAGCCGACUCUAAACAUGCAUUAGAAUAUUUCAGCAAAGCAACAGAAAUUGAAUUAAAUAGUUCGGUUGCGCCUAACUGGUUAGCGCUUGCCACUAUAUAUGCUAAUAUAGCGACACUUUAUAGCAAUCAUGGAAAUUAUAACUAUUCUGAAGCGCUACGAUUUUAUCGCGGGGCACUUGAAAUUAGACUUAGUUUUCUUCCGUUGAAUCAUCCAGACAAUGCAACGAUAUACAAUAAUAUAGGUUUUGUACAUAUUAAACAAAAAGAACAUUCAGAAGCAUUGGAAAACCUUCAAAAUGCUCUUAAGAUCCAAUUACAUAUUCUACCUGAAAAUCAUCCAUCACUUGCUAUAACCUACAACAAUAUAGGUUCAGUUUAUACGGAUCUAGGUCAAUAUUCAGAAGCCGAACAAAACUAUAUGAAAGCAUUGAACAUUUAUGCAGAUGUUCUUGAACCGAAUCAUCCAAGUCUUGCUUUAACAUACAACAAUAUAGCGUCAGUUUACAUUAAUCGCGGUCAAUAUUCAGAAGCAUUACAAUAUUUUCAGAAGACACUUGUAACUCAAUUAAAUACGUUUUCUCCCGGUCAUCCAGAACUUGCCACAACUUAUCAUAACAUAUCCAUAGCACAUUCGAGAUUAGAAAAUCACUUAGAUGCGUUAGAAAAUACUCAAAAAGCACUUGAAAUUCAAUUGAAAUUACUAGGAUCUGAUUGUGAUGAUCAUCCGUCACUUAUUCCAAUGUAUAUAAUACUGCUUUUCAAUAUGCUAAGUUAA